CGCCGGGAAAAGUUCCGGGAAGGUGGGCCUCCCGCCCAGACCCGGCGCGGAAGUUGCCGGUGGUCAGUGCCCUGUCGGCCAGGCCCGCAGCCAUGUCGUCUGGGAACGCGGGGUCCGGCGGGCGGGAGGGCGCCCCGCGCGCUGCUGCCGCGCUCUGCGGCCUGUACCACGAGGCGGGGCAGAGCCUGAGGCGCCUGCAGGACCAGCUGGCCGCCCGGGACGUCCUCAUAGCGCGCCUCCGCGCCCGUCUGGCCGCGCUCGAGGGGGACACGGCGCCGUCGCUCGUGGACGCGCUGCUGGAGCAGGUGGCGCGCUUCCGGGAGCAGCUGCGGCAGCGGGACGGCGGCGCCGCGGAGGCCGCGCUGCGCCAGGAAAUCGAGAGACUUCCCGAGCAACUAGAAGAAAAAGAGAGGGAGACACAGCCGCUGAUGAGCCAGCCGGAGCGGGAGCGGAAGGCAGUGGCCCUGCGGAGGAGAGGCGCGGCCCCGACGGGGCGGGCCCUGGCCGCCAGCGACGUCCUGUGCCGCUCCCUGGCCGACGAGACGCAUCGGCUGCGCAGGACCCUGGCCGCCACCGCCCACAUGUGCCAGCAUCUGGCCCAGUGUCUGGAUGCACGCCAGCGCGCAAAGGGGGACGUGGGGGAGAGGAGCCCCGAGCCAGCGUGUGCAGAUGGGGACGGCUCUGUCCACGCGGUUGUUGAGAAGUUACGGGAGGAGAAUCGACUGUUGAAGCAGAAGGUGACUCACGUGGAAGACCUCAAUGCCAAGUGGCAGCGCUACGACGCCAGCAGGGACGAGUACGUGAGGGGACUCCACGCACAGCUGAGAGGGCUGCAGGCCCCCCUCGAGCCCGAGAGGCCCUCCCCGCCCGACCUGAUGAGGAAGGAGAUCUCCCGGCUCAACACACAGCUGGAGGAGAAAAUCAACGACUGUGCAGAAGCGAGGCGGGAGCUGGAGGCCGCGAGGAGGGCCCGGGAUGCCGCGCUGGAGCGGGUGCAGAUGUUGGAGCAGCAGAUCCUCGCGUACAAGGACGACUUCACGUUGGAGAGGGUUGACCGGGAGCGGGCUCAGAGUAGGAUCCAGGAGUUGGAGGAACGGGUGGCCUUGCUGCAGCGCCAGGUACCCUGCAAACAGGAUCCUCGAGAGCCAGGUUCUUGCCGGAUUCACACUGGGGGCAAAACUCCCGGGUACUUGGAGACUGACGCUUCGGAGCUCGUGGCACCCGGUGGCUGGAGGCCUGGGACGGGAUCCCAGCGGCCAGAGCUCCCUGCAGAGGGCGGGAGCCCUGGAGCGGCCCAGAGAGGCCAGGGGGACCUUCAGUGCCCUCACUGCCUGCAGUGCUUCAGCGACGAACAGGGGGAGGAGCUCUUCCGGCACGUGGCCGGCUGCUGCCAGUGAGCCUGCUGGCCGGCGGCCCGGCGGCGCUCCCAGCACGCAGCAGCGAGACGCGGGGCCGCCAGGACAGGCCGGGGGCGCUUCCGGUGGGGCUGGAGGGAGAGGUGGGGUUGGGAGCAUUCGUGCCCAGGAGGGCUCAGCCUCGCCUCUGGUGUGGAGUUUGACGUCCGAAGCUGUCAGUCAGGCCGAGGCCGUGCGAGACGUGGCGCGGGGUUCUCCCAGGCCCGCAGGACAGACCUGUCCCAGCCGCACCUGGGGACGCUGCAGGUCACUGGGACGAGGUGGCUGCCCGUGGGAAGUGCGCCCACGCCCACCAGGAGGCGUGCACAGCUGAGCACUGUGCCUGCGCUGAAAUAAGGCUGCACUGCAGGAGUGGGUGCUGCACAUCCGGAACGUCAACGUGUUUAUGUCCCGUGACUUAUUUUUGUAAUAAAUGCACUUGCUACAGGGA